AUGCCAGGGACUACCAAGCAUUACCUCAUUGAGCCCCUCAACAAGCCUAGGAGCCAUCGGAAAUUCACAAACUUCUGUUCGCAGAGAACCCGCGUUUCCCAUAAAGUGAUAGAAAAGCGGCGGAGAGACCGGAUUAACCGCUGUUUGAACGAGCUGGGCAAGACGGUGCCCAUGGCCCUGGCGAAGCAGACCUCCGGGAAGCUGGAGAAGGCGGAGAUCCUCGAGAUGACCGUCCAGUACCUGCGGGCGCUGCACUCGGCUGACUUUCCACGGGGAAGGGAAAAAGAACUGUUAGCAGAGUUUGCCAACUACUUUCACUACGGCUACCACGAGUGCAUGAAGAACCUGGUGCAUUACCUCACCACCGUGGAGCGCAUGGAGACCAAGGACACCAAGUACGCGCGCAUCCUCGCCUUCCUGCAGUCCAAGGCCCGCCUGGGCGCCGAGCCCGCCUUCCCGCCGCUGGGGUCGCUCUCGGAGCCGGAUUUCUCCUAUCAGCUGCACCCAGCGGGGCCCGAGUUCGGGGGCCACAGCCCCGGGGAGGCGUCCGUGUUCCCGCAGGGUGCAGCCCCCGGGCCCUUCCCCUGGCCGCCCGGCGCGGCCCGCAGCCCGGGGCUGCCCUACCUGCCCAGCGCGCCCGUGGCGCUCCCCAGCCCCACGCAGCAGCACAGCCCCUUCCUAGCGCCGGUGCAGGGCCUGGAUCGACACUACCUCAACCUGAUCGGCCACGCCCACCCCAACGGCCUCAACCUGCACCCGCCCCAGCACCCCCAAGUUCUCUGACACCUGCCGCCCGCCCGCUUUCUCUGGGCACGGGCGCUGCGCUGCUUAGGAGAUACUGCGUGUUGUACAGGUGUAUAUAGCGUGCCGACCAACAGCGGAUGGGGAAGGCCAAGAGCAAAGCAAGUCUUCUGAAGGGUCUCCUCCGGCAAUAAAUGUGU